AUGGUUUCCGGUGGUUUCAGAUGGUUUCAGGUGGUUUCAGGUUAUUCCAACUUUCAGUACCUACAUGAUAUGGAGACAGGAGUUGCGACUCAGACAGAAGAGUUUGACUAUCUGUUUGUAACUGCUGAGAAACCCUUGGAAGAGAACUGGUUUGCCGGGGAUGACGAGAAAGUUGCCUUCUACAUAGGAAUAUCAGGAUUUGAUGUCUUAAUGACUGUGUUCCCAAAUGUUUCACCUCAUGUUAAUCGCAAAGUUACUGUAAUCAUAGAUUGUUUUGAGGUGUUUACCAACAGACCAUCAAACCUCUAUGCUCGGGCACAAACUUAUUCUUCUUACAAAAGUCACAGUACUGUUAAAAUUCUUAUUGGGAUCACUCCUCAAGGAAGCAUAUCCUUUGUAUCUCAAGCUUGGGGAGGGAGAACCUCUGAUAAACAUCUCGCAGAUAACUGUGGGAUACUAAAUAAACUUGUACCAGGAGAUUUAGUCAUGGCAGAUCGUGGGUUCACUAUCCAUGAAAGUGUUUUAAUGCAAAGAGCAGAGUUAGUGAUCCCUGCUUUUACUAAAGGUAGGGAUCAGCUAGAUCCAAUAGACGUCGAAAAAACAAGGGGCAUAGCGAACGUGCGAAUUCAUGUUGAACGUGUAAUUGGACUCCUUCGGCGAAAGUACACUAUCCUCUCAAAAAUUCUUCCAAUAAAGUUCUUGGCAUGUGAUAAAAGAAAUGAAGAUAAUGUAAAACCAAUGAUAGACAGAAUUAUUACUGUCACUUCUGCUCUAACAGAUGUGAGCCCAGGCAUUGUACCAUUUGAUUGA